AAUUGAUAUCAUAGAAAAAAUUCAAAUUAAAUCAUGGGUAACAGUGCAUUGAAAAGUCAUUUUGAACAUGGCCAAAAAACGGGAGUUUUAAAUCUUUCUAAACAAAAGUUGGAUGAAUUUCCAUCUGGAAUGAAGAGUCUGAGCAAUAAUUUGAGAAGCUUAGACAUGUCUGAUAAUAAAUUCACUGUCAUACCAACGGAGAUUCAUACCUAUCAAAAACUGAAAGUGUUAAUAUUGAAUAGAAACCGUUUAACAAAUUUACCGGAUGAAUUGGGUAGCUUAGCAAAACUUGAGUCGUUUUCGGCAACGGAUAAUAAACUUACAACGUUACCUACUUCUUUUGCCAAUCUUACUGCUUUAAAAAAGGUUCACCUCAGCGGCAAUUUAAUAAAAGAGUUUCCUGUAAUGUUGUGUGGACUGUCGCACUUAGAUUUCAUUGAUUUAUCGAAAAAUAAGCUAACUACCGUACCAAAAGGAGUAGCAAAGCUACAGUGCAUCGAGUUGAAUCUAAAUCAAAAUCAGAUAUCUAGUAUUCAUUUAGAUUUGGCUUCCUGUCCACGUUUAAAGACGCUGAGAAUCGAGGAGAACUGUUUGCCUCUUGAAGGAUUCCCCAGUGAGAUAUUUUACUUAUCCAACGUAUCCUUGAUAUGUGCCGAAGGUAAUUUGUUUGAAAUGAAAUCUUUCAUGGAUUUGGAUGGCUACGAGAAAUAUAUGGAGCGGUACACGGCGGUCAAAAAUAAGUUGCUUUAGAUAAGAUUUUUCUGUGGACAAUUUCAGUUUCUUAUCAAUUUUUGUGGAUCAAUGUGCUGAGAGAAUAUAAUAUUUUGCUUGUUAAUUGAUGAGGAUAUAAGUAAAUUAGUUCAGUAAAUUUAUUUGAACAUUAUAAAAACUAGUUUUCAUCAAUCCUGAGGCUGUGAUUAAUCCAGAGGACCAACUGAGUGACAUACUUUGAACAAAUUAGGGCAAUUAUAAAUUAUCGUAGAUGACAUAGCAUGGGACUAAAGCUUUACAUGACACCACUGAAAAAUAUUAUCAUUUAUCUUGGAAUGAUUAAACUAUCACAUUACUGAAGUUUGAAAAAUUCAGGAGACUCAACAAUAAUAUUUAUCGAGAGUGCAUUUUAAGCUUCAUUCAAAUUAAAAAAAUAAGGUAGACAAUUAUUUUUCUUGAUACAUGAACGCCUUGUUGGAGGCUCAACAAUGAACCUGUAUGAGGCUAGAGCGCAGUCAAGGAUACUCACUGUACGAGGCUCGGAGAUUCCCUGUUAAAGGGUAGGGGUUGCCCUGUACGAGAGUAAGGUAUUCCUUGUACGAGGCUAGGACACCGUUUGAGACUACAGAAUCGCAACAUCUAUAAUGGAAAAUUUAAAACAAGCGUUGUAUCAAUGGUGAGAUUUAUUUCUAAUUAUACAAUUUUUUCUAUUAGAUUUUGAUGGAUUCCUCACUUGGGUAUGAGAAUUGUGCGAGAAAUAUUGAAUUCCACCGUUUUAGGUGGGCUCCAAACCAAUGAUAGCUGACAAACUCUUUUCUUACCUUGGUAAAGAUAUUAUAAUUUUUACCUGAAUUACAACUUGAAUCACAGCUAUCUAUUACCAUGUAUUAUUAUAUGAUAUUAGGACAUUUUUUUUAUAAAAGUGAACUAGUUUAUGGCAAACCAUCUUUUCAACACACAAAUCACAUCUAGUCAUCAUCAGUGCACCACGUUAUAUAGUCAACAUUACUUUUAUUUAUUUCUAUAUAUUUUACAUUUCUUUAUUAUUUAUCAAUAAUCUAUUAUAAUUUUAAAUAAUCGCUCACAGAGAACAUUGCUUUAAGUUUCAACGUGAUAAUUAUUAGCAGUACCUAAUGUCUAUUCUAUUUUCAUCUAUGAUUUUUAUUUUCCAAUACUACUUUAUUUAUGAACUGUAUUUAUUUCCAAUGUAUUUUUAAUUAGUUCACUAAGGAUAAGCUCAAUUAUUCACUUCAAUAGAUAUUAUCACAGUUAUAAUUUUAGUUAUAAUUUUAUUCCAUUUAAAAGUUUUAAAUCCAGUAAAUGAGAAAAAUAUAAUUGAUUCAAUGUAAAAACAACUGAAUGAUAUUAUUAUUGCAUAGUUCUUUUUGAACUAAGUGAAUGUUGAAAUUAGAAUGAUUGUGAUUUUUAAUGAAACUACAGAAUGAUGUAGGCGGCCUCUACAUAAACCCGACUAUAUUUAAUACACGUAUAAUUGAAAAGUCAGCAAUUAAGGCGAGUCAAAGUUCAAUUAUUGCAACUAACUAGUUCUAUUGAAUAUAUUUCACCUUCAUUACUAACUUAUAUAAAAUGUGCUUUACAAUGCACACGAGCACAUUAUCUUUGAAGUUGAAUUUGGCACAAAGCUACAAAAUAAGAGUGAAUGUCCUCCACCGCUAUUGAUGUUAUCUUUGUUGUGGAUUCAAUGCUUUCACCGCUUAUUUCCACUAGCCUAGUUGAUAUUAAAUCAAAUAUAAAAUUGAAAGUUUUAAGUCAAAUUAUAUUAAAGGUGUAUGCUUUUUGAGAAUAUACAAGUAUGAAAAAAUGAGAUAAUUAAAAAAAAAUUCAAGUCAUUUUUUAAAUUCCUGUUCAAGUGGUUUGAAACCCCCGUCUUCAAACUUUAUAUUGUGCCUACACUCAAAUUAUUGAUGUGAUUUGAAAUUGAAAAUUGUGUUUGACUGUCAUUUGUUCUUGAAAUAUCUGUAUUUUAUUGUGUGUAAGUUAGUAAUAAAUCUUUCACAGAUUAGUCUAUUA